CCGCCCGGAAGCUGGCUGUGUUUACUGCGCUGGGCUGUUGUGAUCUGCGGGUUAUUAUGAGAGAGAAGCUGCAGGUUUUCCCCAGCCCGGGAUCCGCUCACCUCCUGAAUCUCCUGUAUCAUCUGUAUCACACACUGCUGUCCCCGUGUACUCACUGAUUCAGCUCCUCCUCACUGCAGCAUGGAGAACUCCCCCAGAGCCGGAGCACAGGACACAGAGAAGGACGGGCUGCUGACCUCUGUUCAUGACUGCAGUGCAGGUGACCUCGGGCCUCAGGGCAGCCGUCCCUCGCUGGAUGUCAGCAGCUCGUCGUUGUGGAGGCGGAGUGAAGAGGAGGAGGAAGAGGCUCUGCGCAGGAAGCUCAAAUACUUCUUCAUGAGCCCUUGUGACAAGUACCACGCCAAGGGACGUAAACCCUACAAGCUGGUGCUGCAGAUGCUGAAGAUAGUCAUUGUCACCGUGCAGCUGGUGUUGUUUGGGUUGAGUAAUCAGAUGGUGGUGAUGUUUAAGGAUGAGAACACCGACACCUUCAGGCACCUGUUCCUGCAGGACUAUCAGGACGACUCUGACGGACUGGCUGUUCACACUCAGAGCGACGUGUACCAACACAUGCACUACGCUAUAGACCAGUAUCUGACUCUCUCUCAGAACUCAGUCAGCAUGUAUGCAUAUGUGAUGGGUUCAGGGGUGAACGCUAGCGCACUCUCUCUGUGUCAGCGGUACUACAAGAAGGGCAGAAUCGACCCAGUGAACGACACCUUCAACAUUGACCCUCGAAUCAUCACCGACUGUAUAGGAGUGAACCCCCCUGCAGACCCCUCUGCUCCAAUCCCUGAUGAUUACAAGAACUUCACACUCAAAUUCCACAAGCUGAUAAACGUGACCAUCAAAUUCAAGCUGAAGGCCAUAAAUAUCCAGUCCAUCAUCAACAACGAGAUUCCAGACUGCUACACCUUCUCAGUUACUAUCCUCUUUGAUAACAGAGCUCACAGUGGGAAAGUGAAGAUCAGUUUGCGUAAUCAAGCAGUCAUUACAGAGUGCAGAGACCCCAACGUGUCCGGACACAAGGAGAACUAUCUGCGGGUGGCGUUUGAUGUGUUGGUGGCGGUAGUGUGUGGUCUGUCUCUGGCGCUGUGUGGACGCUCUAUACUCAGAGGAAUUGCUCUGCAGCAUGAGUUUGAACGCUUCUUCAGACAGUCUCUGGGGCGUCAGGUGUGUUGGGCUGACCGGAUGGAAUUCAUUAACGGCUGGUAUUUACUACUCAUCAUCAGUGAUGUGCUCACCAUCAUCGCUUCCUUUAUCAAGAUCGGCAUUGAGACCAAGAACCUGUCAUCCUAUGACGUGUGUGGGAUUCUGAUGGGCACCUCCACUCUACUGGUGUGGGUCGGGGUCAUCCGCUACCUCAGCUUCUUCCAGAAGUACAAUAUCCUGAUCGUGACUCUGAGAGCUGCGUUUCCCAGCGUGAUACGUUUCUGCUGCUGCGCUGCUGCCAUCUAUCUCGGCUACGUCUUCUGUGGCUGGAUUGUCCUGGGACCCUACCAUGCUAAAUUCCGUUCCCUGUCCACCGUGUCUGAGUGCCUGUUCUCCCUGAUAAACGGAGACGACAUGUUCGCCACAUUCUCGGAGGUGGAACGCAGCGGGACACUGGUGUGGCUCUUCAGUCAGGUCUACCUGUACACCUUCAUUUCGCUCUUCAUCUACAUGGUGCUGUCGCUCUUCAUCGCCCUCAUCACUGGAGCUUAUGACACCAUCACUCAACAAGCCCAGGAGCCGGUACAGGUGUCAGCCCUUCAUAAGUUCAUUGCAGAGUGCACGGACACGCCCACUUCAGGAAAUUUCCACAGCCCAGAAAACACAACCUGUUCCCUCUUCUGCUGCUGCAACUAGACAGGAAAGUGUGUGUGUGUGUGUGUGUGUGUGUGUGUGUGUGUGUGUGUGUGUGUGUGUGUGUGUGUGUGUGUGUGUGUGUGUGUGUGUGUGUGUGUGUGUGUGUGUGUGUGAGUGUGUGUGAGUGUGUGUGUGAGUGUGUGUGUGAGUGUGUGUGUGAGAGUGUGUGUGAGAGUGUGUGUGAGAGUGUGUGUGAGAGUGUGUGUGUGAGUGUGUGUGAGUGUGUGUGAGUGUGUGUGUGGGUGUGUGUGAGAGUGUGUGUGUGAGUGUGUGUGUGAGUGUGUGUGUGAGUGUGUGUGUGAGUGUGUGUGUGUGAGUGUGUGUGUGUGAGUGUGUGUGUGUGAGUGUGUGUGUGUGAGUGUGUGUGAGUGUGUGUGUGAGUGUGUGUGUGAGUGUGUGUGUGAGUGUGUGUGUGUGUGUGUGUGUGUGUGUGUGUGUGUGUGAGUGUGUGUGUGAGUGUGUGUGUGAGUGUGUGUGAGUGUGUGUGAGUGUGUGUGAGUGUGUGUGAGUGUGUGUGAGUGUGUGUGAGAGAUGAAGUUUGAAGUGGUGUAAAUGUGUUUGGGUUCUUAUGGAUUUUAUUGUGCAGCUGCUGAGGUGCAGUCAGUUGGACUCUGUGAAACAGUGCCCCCUAGUGGCAGUGACCGUUAGCACACCUCCACACUCUACACCGUUCAGGAUGUUUCAGGACUUUUAUAUAUUUUUUUAAUAACAUAUUCUUUUAAUUCUUGUUUAUUUAUGAAGGGAAUGCAAUGUGAUCAGCACUAUUUGCACAAUAAUUGUUUUUAUUUGUUUGUUUGUUUGCUUAUUUGUGUUGUAAAUAAACACACUUGACUGUGGUUAAAGCUAAA